CCGGUUCUCCCCAUCGGCGUCUUGCCCAAACAAGAAAACGUCAAGGAUGACCGAGUCACGUGUACCUGACGAUGCCGAGGUGCCGGCGCCGUUAACGAGCGAAGAGAAGAAGGCAGUGGUGUCGCUGUCCUCCCGCGAACACUUCCGCAUUCGCUUCUUUCACGGCGAAAAGAUUGUCGAUUCAUUGUUGAAGCUCCCGUUGACGAUGGAGCCUGUGCCCGUGGCCGAAGGCACGCAGUGUCUACACUUGGAGCUGUGGCUCAAGGAUCAGUUCGGGAUCGCGUCCGACCACAGCGUCUUUGCCGUCGUACCGGUCCUCGAAGCGUACAGUCCCGCGAUGCCGCUGAUCCUCCUCAACACGAUCGUGUUUCGACUGCUGCAAGAGCUACCGUCGCCCGACGCACCGCUGCCCAUCCUCGACUAUGCUUUGGUCGUGCGUCCAUUGAGCAACCUUAACACGCCAAUCCCACCCGCCACCGACGAGACCUCACCCUUCUUUGCCAUCGACGGCACCGCCCUCGGCGGCACCGACCCGUUGGCGCGGCAGCAUGCACAGGUCCAGUUCGUGUCCAAGAUGAAGACCUUUGGGUUUGCCAGGAUACAAGUCACCCGAGAACAAGCGCAGAUCCCUCUCGACGCAUGGGAACAAGUCCGAACGUGGCUCGCUGCGCAGCUGGCUCUGCCUCGCGCAGACAGAUGGGGCGAGCGUGUCGAUACCACCGAGCCACUAGAUAGCGCCACGUCAUCGGAUGCCACGCUCGCUUCAACACCUCUGGACGAUGACCACGAGCCUUCUCAACCGUCGCUACUGUCGUCGCUGGUAUGUUUUUGGCGGUCACCGACGCCACCUCUGAACCCCACCCUGCCUCCAUUGUUGGCAUCGAAAGGUCGCUAUGUCGGGUUCAGCUGCGAUCCCAACCGGGAAUACCUGCAACUCCGCCAUCCGCUGCGAAGCGCCGGCACAAUCUGGCCGCGCCCAUACUUUCACGAAACAAACCAAGCCGAGUUUGCCACCAACUUGCUCAAACUUCUCAAUGUACUCGACACCGUCGGCAGAGACUGCAUGGAAGCCGUCUGCGCAGUCCUCAACAUUGACCGCAGCUUUGUGUUUAACGAACUUCUGGACGACGUGUCGGCCCCGCCAACGUCCGCCGCCGACGUCACGGCCACAGAUCCGUCCUGUCGGUAUGGGGCCUCGGUCCUCCGAGUGUACAACUAUCGCAACAAGAAAGCGGACGUCCAUACAGCGGACAAUCGGCGCAUGGACCUGCACAUGUCGUGUGGCUCGCAUGCCGACCUCGGUUUAGUGACCGUGUCCCCCUGUGCGACCGUGCCCGGCCUUCAAAUGUGGAACCUUGACCGCAUGUUAUGGACCGACGUCGAGUCUGACGCGUCGCCGUUGCACUUUUCCGUGUUUGCCGGCGAAACCCUCGGGUAUCUCACCAACGGGCUCAUCCAGGCGCCGCUGCACCGCGUCCCUGCCACUGUCGUCGCCGACGAAGCCUCCAGACGCAUGUCCAUGCCCUACUUUUUGCGUGCGCGCCCAGAGGCAUGCUUGAACCCGACGCGCUCGGCGGACGUGGCGCCGCUCACCGUUCGUGACUUGAUGGAGGAGCGUAUCUUCAAGUCCCGGCCAUGGAGACGGGAGUCGUGUGCGACCCCAGAUUACUAAUAAAAGAAUUGAGUCUAGAUAAUAAUAAAAAUCGGUUUGAACGGUUCGAUGAAA